AUGGAUCUUAAAAUCUUAAUAUUAGGUGCAGGUUAUGGAACUCGACUUCAGAGAAACAUCAGGCAGGAUACUAGUCAAAAAUAUUCAAAUCUUCUUGGAAUUCCAAAAGCCUUAUUACCAAUAGGAGGUCAAGAUGCUUUAAUUACACAUUGGCUUCAAAUAUUUAAAACCGCUAAUAUUGACAUUGCAUCCUCUGUUUACGUGGUAACCAAUAAUCCAUCAUACCAAAGCUUUAUAUCAUGGGCUGAUAAAAAUGGUGUUCCAAGAUCGAAUAUCGCAAAUGACAAAAGUACAUGCAACGAAAAUCGCUUAGGUGCUGUAGCUGAUCUAUUAUUUGGAUUGAAUUAUUUCAAAUUAUUUAAUAAUGAUUUACUUAUAAUUGGAGGUGACACUUUAUUCCUUAAAGAUUUUAAUUUUAACAAAUUAUUAAAUCAAUUUUCAACGUUUAAUGAUGGAUGUUUAGUGACUACACAUACCAUUCCUAAGGACGAAAUUAGUAAAUAUGGUAUCUUAACAAUUAAUAAUUUAAAUGAUAUUGGUCUAUUUGAAGUGACGGAUUUUUCUGAGAAACCGAAUCCAGAGUCUACAAAUUCUCGUAAUGCUUGUCCAUGUUUUUAUUUUCUAAAGCGUGAAGCUCUACCUUUAAUAGAACAAUUCCUUAAAGAAGCUGAAUUAAAGGGUGCUAAACUUGAAGAUAAAGAUGCUACAGGAAAGUUUUUGGCUUGGGUUAUAAAAGGAAACCAUUUUAAAUUUUAUGCUGUACAAGUUAAUGGAAGAAUUGAUGUAGGUGAUUUGAAAAGCUAUGUGGAAGCAAAAGAAUAUUUCGAG